AAUGUACUACCGAAUUACAGCGCUCAUUAGGAAUAAUCAAACUUUUAUUGCAAACAAACUAUCAACCCAUAGGAUACUUCAACGAUCUUUUUCUUUAAAAAACAAAUACGAUGUAAUCGUCGUUGGUGGUGGCCAUGCCGGCAUAGAAGCAGCAUCAAUAUCAGCCCGAACUGGAACGCCAACAUUACUGGUAACACAUAAAAAAACAACCAUAGGAGAAAUGUCAUGCAACCCGUCCUUUGGUGGAAUAGGUAAAGGCCAUCUCGUUCGAGAAAUAGAUGCAUUAGACGGUAUCUGCGCAAAAAUAUGUGACAAAGCAGGAAUAUUCUAUAAAGUCCUUAAUAGAAGUAAGGGUCCCGCUGUUUGGGGAUUAAGGGCUCAAAUUGAUCGAAAACUUUAUAAAAAAUAUAUCCAAGAGGAACUUGAUCAAACACCCAAUUUGGAUAUUAUUGAAGAGUCCGUUGAAGAUUUAAUAAUAGAUCAUAAUUUUGAAAAACCUAUUUGUCAAGGAAUUAGAACUGAAUCUGAUCUUGAAAUAUUUUCAAAAUCUGUUUUAUUAACUACUGGAACGUUUCUUAAAGGACAAAUAAAUAUUGGUCUAGAGGUGAAAGAAGCUGGAAGAUUAGGUGAUAAACCAUCGAUUGGUCUAUCAAAUACUCUUCGUAAAUCAGGAUUUCGAUUGGAAAGAUUAAAAACUGGAACCCCUCCUAGAAUUGAUAAAUGCACUAUUAAUUUCUCUGUGCUAUCAGAGGAAAUUGCCGAUAAUCCGCCAAUUCCUUUUUCCUUCAUGAAUAAUAAAGUAAAAAUUCCACCCGAGGAUCAAGUCGUUACUCAUUUAACCUAUACAACUCCAAAGUUAAAUCAGAUAAUUGUGAAAAAUCAGCAUUUGAAUAGACAUGUUACAGAGGAGACGAAGGGUCCCAGGUAUUGUCCUUCAAUCGAAUCAAAAGUGUUAAGAUUUGGACAUCUUAAUCAUAGAAUUUGGUUGGAACCUGAAGGAUUGAGUAGUAACGUUAUUUACCCUCAGGGUUUAUCGUGUACACUCCCCGCAGAGCUUCAACAAAAACUUAUUAAUACAAUACCUGGCUUGGAAAAUGCAAAGAUGCUACAACCUGGCUAUGGAGUUGAAUACGAUUACGUUGAUCCUCGCCAAUUAAAGAGAACGCUAGAAACCAAAAAAAUUGAAAAUUUAUAUUUGGCUGGUCAGAUAAAUGGAACGACCGGAUACGAGGAGGCAGCUAGCCAAGGAUUAAUAGCUGGAUGCAACGCCAGUAUGAAAGCGCGAGGAAGAUCCGAUGAAUUUAUAUUAUCAAGAAGCGACGCCUACAUAGGGGUUUUAAUAGAUGACUUGACUACAAAAGGAGCUUUUGAGCCCUACCGUAUGUUUACGUCUAGAGCAGAAUUCCGUCUACUAUUACGCCCUGAUAAUGCUGACGCAAGGCUUACACUACCUUCAUUUAAAUACGGGUUUAUUCAUGAAAAAAGACACAGUAUAGCUUCAAAAAAUAAUAUUUUAGUAAAUGAAUUAUUAGAUCUUUUAAAAAAUUUUUCUUUGACGUCUAAAAAAUGGAACGAGCUAUUAGAAGUAAGACCUGUUCAUAGUACAGCUCAAAAGACUGCUUUUGAAUUAUUAGGCGGUGGCAAAUUACAGCUUCAAAACUUAUUUAAUCUUUUCCCAGAAAUAUUUAAAAUAGAGAGGUUCGAAGAAAACAUACUUGAAAGAGUUAGAAUAAUGGCUCUCUAUAAUAGUGCAAUUGAACGCCAACAAUUACUUAUAAAAGAAUUAAAUCAAGAUUUUCAAAUGAAAUUACCAUUCAAUUUAGAUUAUGAUCAACUGAAUAUAAAUAAUGAUGCAAAAAUUGAACUAAAUGAGACAAAACCCGAUUCAAUAUUGGCUGCUAGUCGUUUACAAACUGUUCGACCAUCCGACAUAAUGAUACUUUUGAAGUUUGUUAAGAGAAUGUAG